GAGAGAGGGUAAGGGAGGGAGGGAGAAAGAGCAAGCUAGUGAGUGAGUGAGCAAGCACGAGAGAGAGAGGGGGAGAUAGGCAGAGCGAGCGUGUGUGUGUGUGUGGUGUGUUGCUUUGUUAGAUAAGCUCCAAACGGUCUUUGUGAAGAGGGAGCGACGGAGCGCGAGGGACCUACAGAGAGAGAGAGAGAGAGAGGGAGAAAGAGAGAGAGAGAGAGAGAGCGCGAGCGAGAAACGGAGGAAGAAAGAGAAACAGGGAAGAGGAGAGGAGGAAAAAAAUGGUGUUUCCCUUGGCUCUCUUGAAGCGCGGGGCUUGGCUGAAGAUGCAGCGAUGGGAGACAGAGGCAGCUCCAGUCCUUUGUGCAGCAUGAGCCAUGAGCCAAAGUCACCUUCCUUAGGAAUGAUCUCGACGGCAACGCGCACUACGGCAACGGUCAGCCCCUUGACUCCGUCGCCCCUCAACGGCUCCAUCGUGCCCAAUGGCAGUCCGGCCGCCCAGUCGGCCCACUCCGGAUUCGCCGCAGCCCUCCGCAAGCUGGCCAAGCAGGCCGAGGAGCCCAGAGCGGGCUCCUCCAUCAGCAGUGAGUCGUCUCCAGUCUCGUCCCCAGCCACCAAUCACAGCUCGCCGGUGAGCACGCCCAAGCGAGGCCCUAUGGGGCCGGUCAUCGUGCCGCCAGGAGGCCACAGCGUGCCCAACACCCCACCCGUCGUCACCAUCGCCCCCACCAAGACGGUCAACGGCCUCUGGAGGAGCGAUAGCCGACAGACUGAGUCAGGGCCCAGGGGGUCCAGCAGAGACCGGCUGAGUUCCGAGGCCUCUCUCCCGCAGGAGAAAGGGGGGCCCUCCGUGCCAGCGCACCUCAUGGGAAGCCCCUACGCCUUCGGCCUCACGCCCGGAGCAGUCAUGACCGACUCUCGAUUCCAACCCCUCAACCUGCCCAGGCAGAUGCCCCACGGAGUGCCCCCUGGUGGCGUUCCGGAGGAGUACUUGCGGGACUUGCGGGGCUUCCGGCCCUACGCCACGGCCGAAGACCUGCGCAUGCCCUCGCUGCCCCUGGGGCUGGACCCCGCCACUGCGGCCGCCGCUGCCGCCUACUACCACCCCGGUUACCUGCCACACCCUUCCUUCAACCCGUACAGGAUGGAUGAUCCGUUCUGCCUGUCGGCUCUGAGGUCGCCAUUCUACCAGUUGCCAGGAGGGGGAGCCCUUCCCCCUCUGCACCCCUCAGCAGUCCCCUUGCACCUGCCAGGGGUGCGUUACCCGGGCGACCUGUCCCACCCUUCGCUAUCCAGUCUGCAGUCCGAACGCCUGUCAGAAAGACUCCAGAUGGAGGACGAGCUGCGCCGGGAACGGGAGCGCGAGCGCGAGCGGGAGCGCGAGAAGGAGCGCGAGCGCGAGGCCGAGCGGGAGAAAGAGCGGGAGCGCGAACGGGAGCGCGAGCGCGAGAAGGAGCUGGAGCGCGAACGGGAGCGCGAACGCGAGAGGGAGCGCGAGAGGGAGAGAGAGCGGGAGCGGGAGAAGGAGAAGGAGAGGGAGCGAGAGAGGGAGCGCGAGAGGGAGAAGGAGAGGGUGGCGCGGGAGAGGGAGAAGGAGCUCCAGAUGUCCAAGGCCAUGGAGAGCCACUACCUCGCCGAGAUGCACGGCCUCAGGGGACAGCCUGAGGAACGAGGCAAGCCUGGAGAGAGACUCACCCCCAACAGAGCCGCAGAUAAAACCAAAGAGUCCCCACUGGCCACUCCUAAGCCCCUGCAGCCUGGACUGCACCCGUCCCUGGGACCGGCCCAUCACGGCGUGCCCGGCCUGGUGCCGUCCCACGGCAUCUUCCUGGGGCCUCCGGGGGCCCACGGGCCCGGCGUCCUCACGGCCGCCAUGAUGCUGCAGCAGCGCACCAACGAGGAGGAGCGCUGGCUGGCUCGCCAGAGGAAGCUAAGGCAAGAGAAAGAGGACAGACAGUACCAAGUGUCUGAGUUCCGCCAGCAGGUGCUGGACCAGCACCUGGACCUGGGGCGUGGUGGAGAGGGGGCAGAUAUGCGGAUAGAGGGACACAGAACUGUGUCAAACCACCAUGAGUCUUCUGGUCGUGACGUCCGGGACCUGCACCAUCACCUGGGCGCCCCUCCGCCCCUCAUCUCCCCGAAGCCCCAGCCUCGGGAGCACGGUCCCCCGCACCACCCGCCUCCCCCCACCACCCUCUGGAACCCCGCCGCCCUCAUCGAGAGCCCCUCGUCCGACUCGCGGCGCACCAGCGUCCACUCCCACGACCCCCCCGAGCUCAGCCGGCCCCACUUCGACAUCAGCCGGCUGGCCUCGUCCGCCCACCACCACCCGCCGGGCUCCAGCAACGGCGCCCCCAGCAAGGCCGAGCGGCUGGAGGGAGACGGCGGUCACCGGGGCGGACGGAAGGCGGACUGCCUGGACAGGUACCCCCACAUGCGGGGCCCGAUCACGGCCGGCGGCGGCGGCGGCGCCGGUGGGGCCGUCUGCUUCCCGGAGCCGGGCGCCUACCUGGCCGAGCUGGAGAAGUCCACGCAGAGCUUCCUGAGCCAGCAGAGGGCGGCGGUGAGCCUCACCAGCCAGUACGGGGACCUCAGCGCCUCGCUCAAGGCCGCCGCCGCCAUCGCCGCCUCCGGGGGGCCCUACAAGGGGCUCCUGCAGGGGCCCCCUCCCCCGCGGCUGGGCCCCGAGCCGGCGCUGGUGUACGACGAGAUCCUGCAGCAGCACCGCCGGCCGGUCAGCAAACUGGACAUGGAGGAGAAGAGGAGGAGAGAGGCCCGGGAGAAAGGUUACUACUAUGAGCUGGACGACUCGUAUGACGAGAGCGAUGAGGAGGAGGUGCGGGCUCACCUGAGGAGGGUGGCAGAGCAGCCGCCCCUUAAACUGGACGAGUCCACAGAGAAAGUGGACUUCCUGCGCGUGUUCGGCCUGACCACGCUGUCGCGGCGCGACGAGCUUGUGCAGCAGAAGCGGCGGAAGCGAAGGCGGAUGCUCCGCGAGCGCAGCCCGUCGCCGCCGGCCGUCCAGAGCAAGCGCGCCGCCAACUCCUCGUCCUCCUCCUCCGGAGGUAGCCCCGCCGCGUCGUCCGCCGCCGCCACAGCCCAGCUCAGCACGCGCUUCACCCCCGAGGAGAUGGACAGCACGCCGCAGCUGGAGGACAAGAUCCGCUUCCUCACCAUGUUCAGCCUGUCCCACGUCAGCCAGGAGCAGAGGAGAGAUAAUGAGCGAGUGGUGGAGCUCCUGCAAGCUAUCAAACAGAAGAGCGUGACCCUGGAUACGCUGAGACACAACUCCCAUCCACUGUGCAAGAGCCCCUCUGCCUAUCACUCUGACUCCGCCUCCAGCCAGCCAGCAGCCGAGUCCGAGGACGCUCACGGCGCCCGGCCGCCCAGCCCCUCCCACGCUCCUGGGGGCCACGCCCUGCCAUGUGACCCCAGCACUGCCCUGGAGCAGCACAAGCACUCGGCAGACCCCCUGAGACCAAAGGACCCCAGCCUGUCCGCCGCGCUGCCCGACAAGGCCAGGGGCGGCGAGGGUCCCUCCGCCAAGAAGUCCUCCAGCCUGCUGAACAGCAUGCGGCCGCCGCCGCACCCAAAGGACGGCCCCCCGGCCAGCCUUAACGGCAGGGUCAAGCCCUGGGAGAGCUUCACGGCAGAGGAGUUCGCCCAGCAGUUCCACGAGUCUGUGUUACAGUCUACCCAGAAGGCCCUGCAGAAGCACAAAGGGGGCGCCUCUGUGAUCUCUGAGCCCAACCACGCCCUGGACUCCUCAGUGCACUACAACAUUCCAGAGCUCCAGAGCGCUCCAGGCCGCUCCGCCUCUUCCUCCUCCUCCUCUUCCUCCCACCACCACCCCGUCCACCCCCACCCCCACGCCCACGCUCACCCACACCCACACAUGCACCCGCACCCGCACCAACACUCGCACCCUCAGCCCAACGGGCCGCACUGCCCCCUCCCGCCGCGCCCCGAGCUCGCCGGACCCCGCAACGAGCUCUCGGCCGACGAGGACUCCGACGACGAAGAGUACGAGGAUGAGGACGAGGCUCCCACGCCCCGGUGGCAAGGAAUAGAGGCCAUCUUUGAAGCCUAUCAGGAAUACAUUGAAGAGCAAGGCAUUGAAAGGCAGGUCCUGCAGAGCCAGUGUAGGCGGCUGGAGGCCCAUCAUUAUAACCUCAGUCUGACGGCGGAGCAACUCUCCCACACCAUGGGGGAUCUGAUGGCCCAGAAGCAGAAGCUGGCGGGCGAGAGAGAGAAGCUGCAGGCCGAGCUGGAGCACUUCAGGAAGUGCCUGUCCCUGCCACAGACCCACUGGUCCAGGGCUCACUUCAAGGGCUACCCCCCCAGGUGACACGGCCCCCCGGCCCCCGCAUACCCACCGCACCCCCCCCUCCUACCGCCCCAACGCCACACUCCUGCCCUAAGCCCACUGACUUCGACCAACACAUGGCCCCCCCAGGAUGGAGAUGGAGAGAAGUAGAGAGAGAAAGGCGGACCAAGGGGAGAUGGUGCAGAUUGGCCACACAGGAAAGGACUGAAGCUGGAGGAAGAGAGAGAGAGAGAGAGAGAGAGAGAGAGAGAGAGAGAGAGAGAGAGAGAUGGCUAUCCUAUGUUUGUGCAUGGGGAAAAAAUGCCACUGACCAGCACCUAGGGGGUCAUGGUGAGCACGUAUGUAAAGUGAUCAAAACCAUUGAGUGAUCUGGCCACUUAAAAACACACACACACACACACACACUCUCUCUCACACACAGACACACUCAUGUAUGCUCUGGGGUGGUGGCUCUAUGUGAUGACGCUGUUUAUACCUCUGCUCCAGCUAUGGCACCUACCCUUAGGGUUUCCCCCCUUUGGACCUAAAACUGAGUACUAUGGGAGAAACUGAUCCAAAAUGGAGGUCCCAUUCCCAUGCCCAGUGUCAGCCCCAGUCAAUGCUACCCUAUGUAACACCAGGCCCGUCUCUGCCGCCCCCUGUUGGUCUAAACAAGCUUUCAACUGGAAAUGCACUUAACUUGUAUGAAAAAUCCUGAAGAACUACGAACUACCUGGAGGUACUGUGUAACAACAAAGGAACUCUUUUCAAAUUAGGGAAAGAACUUACCGGAAAAAAAAGAAAGAAAUGCACACUUUUUGGAAAGAAUAAAGGAAAUGUUUUAUUUCAAAGUACAAAAAUUGAGAAUAAAAUUUUAAAAAGGUG